AUGCCGUUCCAAACCCCGCCGCCCGAAACCCCUUCCGAGGCGCACAUCGUUGUGACCUUCCCCGCCGAGCACAUCCUGCACGUUGCCUUGAACCGGCCGCGGCAAUGGAAUGCCCUGAACAAAGUCACGAAUGAGGCCCUCGACAGGCUCUGGGACUGGUACGAGGCCGAGCCGAGUAUGCGAUGCGCGAUCAUGGGCACGACGACGGAGCGGGCGUUCUGUGCCGGCGGAGAUCUGAUCGAGAUUGGCAUCUCUCCCAUGCCGAAGAGCGGAACGGGCCUCGCUGGGCUUGCACGAAGAAAGAUCAAGAAGCCGAUCAUCGCUGCGCUCCGUGGCAUCGUUGUUGGUGGAGCGGUCGAGAUGCUGACCAACUUCGACGUGGUGGUUGCUGGAGAAAGCGCAGUCCUCAGCUUGCCCGAGGCGAAGCGUGGUGUGCCUGCUGGCGGCGGCGGUCUCCCGCGGUUGGUCUAUCUCGUCGGACGGCAGAAAGCGGCCGAGUGGCUCAUGACAGGCCGCGACAUUCCCGCCCGUGAAGCCGAGAGAGCGGGACUCGUGAACUGCGUCGUGCCCGAUGGCGAAGUUGAGUCCACAGCCUUCGACAUCGCCCGCCAGACCGUGGCCAACUCGCCCGACUCGGUGCUUCUGCAUUCCUGGGGCCUGAGGCUUGUCGAGGAGGAGAUGGGCUUUGACCGGCACAUGGACCGCUUCACCCAGUCGGCCAAGUACAAGGCCGUCACGUCUGGGGAGAACUGGAGAGAGGGCAUGAACGCCUUUGCGGAGAAGAGGGCGCCGAAAUGGGUCGACUCAAAGCUCUAG